ACAAGAACCGACCUCCCAACUGAAAACGUCCCCUACAGUUGCUUCUAGUUCAUCCACUAAGACAAAAGGUGCGACAUCUGAACCAAGUACCUCAUCAAUGCCUGGAUCUUCACAUGGAAGCAGCAAGAAAACCAAACCAACUGACUCGGGUAUCUCAGCUUCUCCUUGGCAUAAGCCAACAUCUGCAAGCAAAUCAAACCCUACCACCCCUGUAGGUUCCACCAGUGGGAGUAGUAGUACCAGCAUCUCACCAGGAUCUACAGAGGGAAAACCAUCACCCGCAGUAAAAGUUACUACAGGUACUACUACUGGCAAAUUACCAUCAAAAAUACCUGUUGCCUCACAUCCUACAAAAGGACCUACUGAGGUAUCUGGAAAACCCAGUGAAGUAACUGGAGGGCCUAGUAAAGGAAYUGGAAAGCCCACUGAAGAAACUGUAAAACCCACUGAAGGCCUACAACCAACUGAAACUUCGCAAGGACAAUCAACAGCAUCUCCCACGAAUASCGCCAGUAAUACUAAGGCAAGUUCAACCAGCACUCCAAAURAAAACUCACCCAGCACACUUCCACCAUCAAGACAACCGACAGCCACAGARGUAGYUGGYUCGACUGCCGCGUCGAAUGCUACACCGACAACACCACCAAGUGAACCACCGUCAAUCAAAACUCCUUCAAUUGGUGAGUUACUUGGUCUAACACCACAACAACAAAAGGCUGCACAAUUAGAAAACUUGUCUCYAAAUGUUACAAAGGAAGCGGCUAAAGCCAUUGGCCAGAUGAAUCAGAUGUUAAGAAAGGGUCAAUACAAAAUUAGGAUCAAGUCACAAGACGAUUUCAAUCCCGAUGAUGUCAUAUCCAUACAGUUUCAAGGAAAAGACGGCAUUAAGACGGACUUCMAACCUUUGCCGGAUAUCUUUAAGAAAUUCCAAGGAAAAAAUCAAGUUGACUACGACAUCACAGCAAAAGAUGUCGGCGUGAUUGACAAGAUUUCAAUCAAACGAAUUGUGAAUGGAGAGAAAAAGGACUGGUAUGUCCAUAAGAUUAUAGUCAGGGACCUUCACAGUAAGAUCUACGAGUUCUUGUGCAAGUGUACAUUAGUUAAAGAUACUGGUGUGCUUGUUACUGAUUCCCCAGCAAACACUAUUGACUUUAACAAAGCCGGAGGUAAACUGCCUUCAACUAUUCCAACAGUUGGRACAGACCAACCAASCGCCCCACCAACUGGACAAGAUAAUCYAGGAAAUGCUUCAGUGCGGCGACACAGGUUUCGUAAAAGGCCUAUGAUGAAAGGAGUUCUUAGAAAUCGUAUAUAUGGCUGAACGAAGAAGAAAAGUGCUUGAAACACAUAAUAAAACACAAAUAGAUAAAAAUAAUACUGAACUUUAUAUAAUAAUGGAAYCUACGUUUUUUUCUAAUUUACCGCCCAUAUACCUCAUUGGUAAUUGACAAUCACAUAAUACUUGAGUGGUAAUUAUGAUUAUAAUAAAUAGCGAUAAUAAGGAUAAAAAAGUCAUGAUAAUAUACUAACAAUGAUAGUAAAAAGAUAAUAGUAAUAAUGAUUAUAAUAAUGACGAUACCGAUGAUAGUGAYGAUGAUAAUGAUGAUGAUAACGAUAAUGAUAACAAAAUAAUGGUAAUGCUAUUGUAAACAACAUAGCCUAGGUUAGGAACCUGCCUUGUAAUUAUUUGCACAAAUGAAGAACAAACUAAAAGAUACCAUAAUAAUAACAAUGAUUAUCAUAAACUUAAUGRUAAUWAUUAUAAAUAUAAUAAAAASGYAAGGAUAGCAAUAAUAUAAUUCUAAUAAYAGCAAUARCKAUAGUAACU